CAGGUGUCAGCUAAGCUCCUAAGCAUCUUUACUGGAGGUUUCAACCCUUUAGUUGAGCGGACCUCCCAGGCUUGGCUGCCCGGUCUUCAGAGACCAUCAGCGGCCUCUAUCGCGUCUGUCGCGGGGGGGUUACCCAGGCUUUAGGACACUGACGUUCAUGUGUGUGCACUCACCCUUGUGUCUGGGGGCGUGAGAACGUCAGGACCACGCGAUGUCUGCACCGGGGUUUACAAACCUCGACAGUUCAGCGGACCACAAGCAGAACUCAACGCCGAACGGUGGAGCUUCGCCCCGCUGUCAGAACGGUCCCCUGCCGACCCACCCAUCCAUGUAUCCUCCUGCAAACUACUAUGGAGCUCCACCUCUGCUACAGAGCUACCCCACCAUCCCCGGCCACGCCACCUCUGUUCCCAGCAAAGCGUCGAUCACAAGCAGUGCCCACAGUCAGAACUACUACCAAAACAACCAUCAACAGCAGCAGCAAACACAACUCCCUCAGCAUCAAGUAGCACCUUCUCCAUACACUGCUCCCCCUCCUUCUCAGCCGUAUGCCACCAUUCCAUCUUCUGGACUUCCACAUUUAAAUGCCCAGUACCACCAACAGCCAUUCCAGCAGCAGCAAACACACUACGCCAGUCCCAGGUCCUACUAUGGUCAGCAGUCAUACAGAGCUUCUCCAGCACAGGCCCAUCAUCAGCAGCAGCUGGUUUCACCACCAGCCUGCAGACCCGGUGCUCCCCGCUAUCCAAAUGUUUCAUACCCAUCUGCCCCUGCAAGCAGCCAGUAUGGCACCCCCAGUUCCUCCAAGAGCAUCUCCACGCCUGUCAUGUCCACCCAGAUGGGAGCGCCGUUGCAUCAGUUCAGCGCUCCGCCUCCAGCCUCAGCGACAGCAGUGCAGCCAGGGUACAGCAUGGGAGCCGAACAUCAAACGGCAGCAACAGUAAAUGGUAGAGGAAGCACAGUCCAAAACAAUAUCCACCAACACUAUGACCAAAGCCAUCAGGCCCUACACAGCUACAACUCCUACAGUGGGGUGACACAAAGCAGCGGAGGUGCAGAUAGAGACCGACCGCCCUCAGGAACCCCCUCUGCUUCAGUGCGUUCCUCUCCAAGCCACCAUCCAGGCCUGCAGUAUGGAUAUGUUGCUAAUAGUGGAGCUAGCUCAGCCUCUGCUACCACCUCAGGCGCAGCAGCACCCCCCUCGUCAUCCAGCACUGAUGAUGAUGAGGAGGAGGAGGAGGAGGAGGAGGAGGAUGAGGAUGAGGAAGCAGGCGGUGACACUUCCUCCUCCAGUACUGGCAGCGCGUCUCCAGUUCCCAACAACUAUGAUUCCCUCGAAGGUGGCAGCUAUCCAGAUUCCAUGCCACCUUCCAACAACAUGACCAACCAGGCUCCGCCCUUUGGUUGCUACAGUUACCAUAACAUGCAGUCAGCCUAUCAGCAUGGACCGGUCCCCCACUCUGAUGCCUCCCCCUCCCACAAUGUGCACAGUCAGCCAGGUUACCAGCAGUACUCCCAGCCUUUCCCCAACCUCUCUCAGCUCUCUGCAGCUCUGGGGGGGUUGAGCGGGGUCCCGGAGCUGGAGGUGGAUGCCCUGAGGCCGGUCAACCUGCUGCAGGAAAGGAAUCUGCUACCUUCGAGGCCCUUGGAGGCCCCUGAACCCAACCUCAGCCCCGAUCUGAAGAAGGUCAAUUGCAGUCCACAGACGUUCAGGUGCACCCUGACCAGCAUUCCUCAAACCCAGGCGUUACUCAACAAGGCCCGACUCCCACUGGGCCUCCUCCUUCACCCCUUCAGAGAUCUGCAGCAGCUGCCAGUGAUCACAUCCAACACGAUAGUGCGGUGUCGUUCCUGUCGGACGUACAUCAACCCGUUCGUCACCUUCCUGGACCAACGCAGGUGGAAGUGUAACCUUUGUUAUCGAGUCAACGAUGUCCCAGAUGAAUUUAUGUACAACCCAGUGACAAGGUCAUAUGGAGAACCACACAAGAGGCCGGAGGUCCAAAACUCAACUGUGGAGUUCAUUGCUUCCUCUGAUUAUAUGCUGCGACCUCCGCAGCCGGCGGUCUAUCUGUUUGCGCUCGAAGUGUCUCACAACGCCGUGGAAGCAGGAUACCUGAAGUACUUUUGUGAAUCACUUCUGGAGAACCUGGAUAAGUUGCCUGGAGAUGCACGUACCAGGGUGGGUUUCCUCACCUUUGACAGCACUGUCCACUUUUACAACCUCCAGGAGGGACUGUCCCAGCCACAGAUGCUUGUGGUGUCGGACAUCGAUGAUGUUUUUAUACCAUCACAUGACAGUUUGAUGGUGAACCUAAAGGAGAGCAAAGAGCUUGUGAAGGAGCUGUUGACUUCGCUGCCGACGAUGUUCAGCCAGAGCAGGGAGACCCACAGCGCCCUCGGUCCGGCCUUACAGGCGGCCUUCAAGCUCAUGUCGCCCACCGGGGGUCGCGUUACCGUGUUCCAGACUCAGCUUCCGACUCUGGGAGCAGGGAAGCUGCAGUCAAGAGAGGACCCCAACCAGCGUUCCAGCACCAAGGGAGUCCAGCACCUGGGUCCUGCCACAGAUUUCUAUAAGAAGCUUGCGCUGGACUGCUCUGGACAGCAGAUUGGAGUGGAUCUUUUCCUGCUCAGCUCCCAGUAUGCUGACCUUGCAUCACUGGCCUGUAUCUCCAAGUAUUCAGCAGGCAGCCUCUUUUACUACCCCUCCUUUCAUUACAUCCACAACCCGGCCCAGCUGGAGAAGUUUCAGAGGGAUCUCGAUCGUUACCUCACCAGAAAGAUCGGCUUCGAGGCGGUCAUGAGAAUACGAUGCACUAAGGGUUUAUCCAUCCACACGUUCCACGGUAACUUCUUCGUGCGCUCCACCGACCUGCUGUCCCUGGCUAAUGUGAACCCAGACUCGGCCUUCGCUGUCCAGAUGUCGAUCGAAGACUCUCUUGCGGACUCAUCUCUGGCCUGUUUCCAGGCAGCUCUGCUCUACACAUCUAGCAAAGGAAAAAGGCGCAUCAGAGUCCACACUCUGUGUCUGCCGGUCGUCAGCCAGCUGAGCGAUGUUUAUGCCGGAGCUGAUGUUCAAGCUAUCACAUGUCUGCUGGCCAACAUGGCCAUCGAUCGAUCGAUAUCAUCCACCCUGUCAGAUGCUCGUGAUGCUCUGGUAAACGCAGUCAUGGACUUUGUGAGCGCCUACAAAAGCAGCGUGUCGAACCUGCAGCAGUCUGGAGUUGUCGUCCCUGCAGCCAUGCGCCUCUUCCCCCUCUACAUCCUGGCUUUACUCAAACAGAAAGCAUUACGGACAGGUACCAGCACCCGGCUCGAUGAGCGCAUCUGUGCCAUGUGCGAGUUUAAGACGCAGCCACUGCCGCAGCUGAUGCGGAUGGUUCAUCCUGACCUGUACAGACUGGACAACAUUACUGACCAGGGGGCACUCCAUCUGAAUGAUACUGUAGUUCCUCAGCCUCACCUGCUGCAUCUUUCUGCUGAGAGGCUUAGCAGAGAUGGAGCAUUCCUCAUGGACUGUGGCAAUGUGUUUUAUCUGUGGAUCAGCAAAUGCUGCAAUGAAAUGUUUAUCCGAGAUGUUCUGGGCUGCCCCAACUACGCUUCAAUACCCCCCAACAUGAAUCACAUUCCUGAGCUGCAGAAUCCCCUGUCGGAGAGAGUCCGAGCAUUUCUUGACUGGCUGCAGGACAACAGAGCAUUCAGCUCUUCGAUCCACAUCGUCAAAGACGAUGCCUCGCCUAAGGCCACCUUGUUCCAGCACCUGGUGGAGGACCGGUCAGACGUGGCUUCAUCCUACCAAGAGUUCCUGCAGCACAUUCAGCAGCAAAUGUCCAAGUAGGCGCCCAUUACACUGAGAAAAACGCUCAGACUUUACAUUCCUCAAACUGAUGGGAGAAGAGACUUUGGCCUCAUUGAGCAUAAACUAGAGCUAGGUCAUUUUUAGCGAGGUGGGUUUCCUCUCUAUCCUUCAAACCGACUCGGUAAAUAAACCAAUCGUGGAAGUUUAUUAAUGAACCUAAUGAAGAUUUCUGGGACCGGUUCAAUCCACCUAUUCCAAGAAGAGAGGAGGAAUCGAAGUCGAGCUAUGGAGAUGCCACUUCCUUUGUUCAGUUUAUUUUUAUGAACCUCACAUUGUAGCCCAUGCAAAAUUUUUUGGUUUUUGUUUCUUCUAUGGUUGAAAUGUAACCCCCACCCUGUUCUACCUUUCUCCUCGUUUGAACACACUGGAGAACUCUAAACAUGAAUUCGGCACGUGCUUUGAAAUGCAAACAGCAUGUCUCAGUUUUUCCGCUGCUAGACGACAUCCGUCUGGGAACAAGACUGGGUUGGACGUCUUUAAAAUGUCCAGUCUUCUCUGAACUGCUGAGUGGACCUUGGAUUCAUCAAACACCACAAACCUUCACCCGUCUGCAAUUUUCUCGUCAUUGAUUUGAUUUUUUCUGGCACUGAGGUCGAUAUCUAUCCAUCUUUGUAACUACUGAAAAUAAUCUUUUAUGUGCGAUAAUUUAUGAACCAGCUUAUUAAAUAAAAAUAAAGAAAAGACCUUGA